UGUAUGUGAUGCAUAAUAAAGUGAGGAGCUAUACCGAGAUCCAUUAAACUACAUCAACAGGGAGGACAUGGCAACACUGCAAGAAGGCAAUCAGGUGCAAAUACUAUGCGGCGAAGGUCACUUCAAGAAAUCAAAAAACACUUACGAUGAAAGAUAUAUAGCAUUCAAGGCCCGUUUAAGUGACGAAAUGAAAAACUCUAAGAUCACUACGUUUGAUAAAGUUAAUUUGGUAUUCUUCCCAGUACCUGCAUAUUAUCAUUACUACCUGUUUUGCAUCAACUUUACGAAGAAAAUACUAGAGGUGAUCGACAACAGAAAGCUGCAAAGGCACAUUUCAUUUAAAAGCAAGUAUGAGGACUUCCCACAAACAUUUUUGAAGGCAUUUGCACAAUUCCUCAAUGAAACACAAGCAGGCAAUGGAAAUUCAGUAAAAGAAUUCAAAAUAGUAACCAAACAAAUGCCAUGGAGGAACAAUGAUAAUAUCACAGACUGUGGAGUGUAUGCCCUGAAACACAUGGAAUCAUAA